AGCUGCAGGUGUGGCCCAGGUGGGACUCGCCGCCGUGGUUGCUCUCGCACUUGCUGCCUGUGGCCUCUGACUCCCGCCGGCUCCCCGCGGGCGCGGCAUGCGUGUCCGAGCGCCCCGCUGGCCUCCCUCUGCCGCGGGCCCCUGCCGGUCCCCGUGUCCACAGUGGAGACAGAGUUGGAAUCCUUCCAGGCGACCUGGAAUUCAACAGUAGAACCCAUCCCGAAGGGCUCUGCUCUCUGGGGGAGGCUCCUUGCAUACAGUCCUAAGGCUGCGUCCCAGCGACCAGAUCACAAAGGUGAAAAUGAGUUCUUCAGGAAGAAGAAAAGGCAAGCCAGGAAAAGGAAGUGGAAAGGGGUCUUCUAGAGGAGGGAAAGGAGGCAGGAGUCACUCUAGCAAAUCUCAUGGCGGAGGCGGAGGUGGUGGAGGCGGCGGUGGAGGCAACAGAAAGGCCUCGAAUAGGAUCUGGGAUGACGGCGAUGACUUCUGUAUCUUCAGUGAAUCAAAGCACCCUCCCAGGCCCAGCAGCAGUAGCAGCAGCAGUGUUAAAAAGGGAGAGGUGCGCCCCCGCUGGAAGUCAGGAGCCAAGGCACCCCUUCAGAAGCUCCACAUGACAUCCGAGAACCAGGAGAAAGUGAAAGCUCUCCUCCGAGACCUGCAGGAGCAGGACGCCGACGCAGGCUCUGAAAAAGGCGUUUCUGGGGAGGAGGAGGAGCAAGAGGAACAGGAGGAGGAAGAGGAAGACGAUGAACCUGAGUGUGAUGAGGAACAGUGCUGGGCGGCGGGGCGAGAAGCUUCCCUCGUUCCCGACUGUGACCCCCUGGAAUACUUCGGCUCUGGACCAGCAGAGCCCUACUGUCCAGAGCUGCCAGUGUCUCCAAUUGCUGUGCAGAAGCUUUCCAGGUAUGGCUUCCACCCUGAGCGUUGCCAGGUAGCCCUGAGGAUCUGCGACGGGGAUGUGGGAGCCUCACUCGAACACCUGCUUACCCAGUGCUUCUCUGAGGCCUUCAAAGAGAGGCUAAGGCCCUCGCAGGCCAGGGCACAGAUCAGCCUGGAAGAGUGUGUGGAGCAGCGUCAGGAAGAGGCAUUGGCUCUCAGAUCCAUCUGUGGGGAGAAAUUCAUUGAAAGAAUCCAGAACAGGGUCUGGACCAUUGGCUUAGAACUAGAGUACUUGACAAGUAAAUUCUGCAAAUCCAAGCAAAAGGAAAGUGCCAGAAACAUGCAGGAGAAUGUGCCUGAAGUCUGUAAGUUUUACCUCAAAGGAAGUUGUAAAUUUGGGUCAAAAUGCAAAUUCAAACACGAAGUGCCCCCAAAUCAAAUUAUCGGAAGAAUAGAAAAAAGUAUUGAUGAUUCUCAUCUUAAUGCCAGCGAAGACGCACCCUUUUUAUACGAACUUGAAAUCAGAUUUUCUAAAGACCACAAAUACCCCUACCAAGCGCCCCUUGUGGCAUUUUAUUCCACUAAUGAGAACCUACCUCUGGCUUGUCGUUUACACAUUUCCGAGUUUCUUUUUGGCAAAGCCUUGACAUUUGCAGAAAGUGCAGAACCCGUCGUAUAUUCUUUGAUAACUCUCUUAGAGGAAGAAUCAGAAAUAGACAAGUUACUGGCAAAUACCAACCACAAGUACAGUGUCCCUCCCUUGAACUUGCCGCCCGACGCUUCUGGGACCAGAAUGCAUCAGCCUGCCUGGCGUAAACCAGCGUCCGCAAGUCCUCUUACUUCAAAUCACACUCCAGAAGUUGAAAAAGACUCAGAGCUCGAGGAGGAGUCAGAUGAGGAUGAAGGUCCUGCAUCCAUUAUAGUGGAGAACGAAAGCUAUGUGAAUCUUAAGAAAAAGAUUUCCAAACAAUAUGACUGGCAGGCCAAGUCCGUACACGCUGAGAAUGCUAAAAUCUGCAAGCAGUUCCGAAUGAAGCAGGCUUCCAGACAAUUCCAGUCAAUUCUGCAAGAAAGACAAUCACUCCCUGCCUGGGAAGAAAGAGAAACCAUCCUUAAAUUGUUGAGCAAGCACCAAGUGCUCGUUAUCAGUGGUAUGACUGGAUGUGGAAAAACCACCCAGAUCCCCCAGUUUAUUCUGGACGAGUCUCUGAAUGGCCCACCGUGGAAGGUGGCUAACAUCAUCUGUACCCAGCCCCGACGCAUCUCUGCCAUUUCUGUGGCUGAGCGGGUUGCCAAGGAGCGAGCAGAGAGAGUGGGUCUGACUGUGGGCUAUCAGAUCCGGCUGGAAAGCGUCAAGUCCUCGGCCACCAGGCUGCUGUACUGCACCACUGGCGUGCUGCUGCGGAGGCUGGAGGGAGACGCCACCCUCCACGGGGUCACCCAUAUCAUCAUCGACGAAGUGCACGAGCGGACAGAGGAGAGUGACUUCUUGCUUCUGGUUUUGAAGGACAUUGUAUCACAGAGACCGACUCUUCAAGUCAUUCUAAUGAGUGCAACUUUAAAUGCUGAGCUUUUUUCAGAAUACUUCCGCUCCUGCCCAGUCAUUACUAUACCAGGUCGCACAUUUCCUGUUGAUCAGUUUUUCCUGGAAGAUGCAAUUGCUGUGACAAGGUACGUGCUGCAGGACGGGAGCCCCUACUUGCGCUCACUGAAGCACCUCACUCGGGAGAGGCUGAGGGCGCGGCGCAACAGAACAGCCUUCGAGGAGGUGGAGGAGGACCUGCGUCUGGGGCUGCACCUGGAGGACUCCGGCCCUGCCAGCGACGCCUUGCCCGACCAGCAGCUCGACUUCAAGCAGCUCAUGGCGCGCUACAGAGGCGUUAGCAAAUCGGUCAUUAAGACGAUGUCCGUCAUGGAUUUUGAGAAGGUUAACCUUGAGUUAAUAGAGGCCUUGUUAGAGUGGAUCGUGAACGGAAAGCACUCCUACCCCCCAGGUGCUAUACUUGUGUUUUUACCGGGCCUCGCAGAGAUCAAAAUGCUUUAUGAGCAACUGCAGUCAAAUUCACUUUUCAACAACAGGCGCAGCCACCGCUGCGUGGUCCACCCCCUGCACUCAUCCCUGUCCAGUGAGGAGCAGCAGGCUGUGUUCACAAAACCCCCAGCUGGCAUCACCAAAAUCAUCAUCUCCACCAACAUCGCAGAGACCUCUGUCACCAUUGAUGACGUCGUCUACGUCAUCGACUCUGGGAAGAUGAAAGAAAAGAGGUACGAUGCCAGCAAAGGGAUGGAGAGUCUCGAGGACACUUUUGUCUCUCAGGCCAACGCGCUGCAGAGGAAGGGGCGAGCCGGCCGGGUGGCCUCCGGGGUGUGCUUCCAUCUCUUCACCAGCCACCACUUCACCCACCACCUGUUAAAGCAGCAGCUGCCAGAGAUCCAGCGAGUGCCUCUGGAGCAGCUGUGCCUCAGAAUUAAAAUCCUAGAGAUGUUUAAUGCUUACAAGCUCCAGUCUGUCUUCUCUCGGCUCAUUCAACCUCCACACGCUGACUCCCUCCGCACCUCCAAAAUUCGCCUCCAAGACCUGGGGGCACUGACACCGGAUGAGAAACUGACCCCGCUGGGGUACCACUUGGCCUCUCUGCCAGUGGACGUGCGGAUCGGCAAGCUGAUGCUAUUUGGCUCCAUCUUCCGCUGCCUGGACCCCGCCCUCACCAUCGCUGCCUGCCUGGCCUUCAAGUCUCCUUUCGUAUCUCCCUGGGAUAAAAAAGAAGAAGCUAAUCAGAAAAAGCUAGAAUUUGCCUUCGCAAACAGCGAUUACAUGGCCCUUCUCCGAGCCUACAAGGGAUGGCAGCUGAGCCUGAAAGAAGGCAUGCGAGCAAGCUACAAUUACUGCAGGGUCAACUUCUUGUCAGGAAGAGUUCUUCAGGAAAUGGCCAGCCUCAAACGACAGUUCACUGAAUUAUUAUCUGACAUAGGGUUUGCAAAGGAGGGCCUCAGAGCCAGGGAGAUAGAGAAGAGGGCCCAUGUGGGAGACGGUAUCUUGGAUGCCACAGGAGAGGAGGCGAACGCGAAUGCCGAGAACCACAAGCUGAUUUCCGCAAUGCUGUGCGCGGCCCUGUACCCCAAUGUCGUGCAGGUGAAGAUCCCUGAAGGAAGGUUCCAGAGAACCAGCACCGGCGCUGUGAGGUUGCCGCCCAAGUCAGACGAGCUGAAGUUUGCCACCAAGAAUGAUGGCUACGUGCACAUCCACCCGUCCUCAGUGAACUACCAGGUGAGACACUUUGACAGCCCAUACCUGGUGUACCACGAGAAGAUCAAGACCAGCCGUGUAUUCAUCCGCGACUGCAGCAUGGUGUCUGUGUACCCGCUGGUCCUGUUCGGGGGCGGCCAAGUCCGAGUGCAGCUGCACAGGGGCGAGUUCGUGGUCUCGCUGGACGACGGCUGGAUCCGCUUCGCAGCUGCUUCCCAUCAGGUGGCCGAGCUAGUGAAGGAGCUUCGCUGCGAGCUGGACCAGCUGCUGCAGGACAAGAUCAAGAACCCGAGCAUGGACCUGUGCACCUGCCCGCGGGGCUCCCGCAUCAUCAGCACCAUCGUCAAGCUGGUCACCACGCAGUGAGGCCCCGCCUGGGGAUGCCGCUGGCCGAGCCCCUCCACUGCAGCCCUGCACCUGCCUGGCGUGGCAAGGGGCUACACCGCACUGCCACGCAGCAGGUCACUCCCAGCACAAUUCCGACGGUCCUCGUGGGAGUGGAGACCAGCUUGCUCUACUUUCUCUGUCCUGCUCAGUAUGAGGUGCCCCUGCAGCACCAACAUGGGCGUUUAAUACAAACCUGUUCUCACCUGUGUGCUGCUCUUCUGCUUCUUAGGGGUCAUGGGGGUGAUGGGAAGUGGGCUCAGCUGAGAAAAGAGAAGAAAAAAACCAGGAAACAAAUGAUGUGAACAAGAAAAAAUGCUUUUGCUUUAAGCUACUGGGAAUAAACUUGACUUGUGAGGAAUCAUUAUUUCCUCAUUAAAGGUAAGCCCAGAAAACAGAUUUGGGGAGCUCUUAUUGGAUGCUAAUGAGAAAUAGCCCUUAAAAACUGAACAGUCUGGGUGGCAUCAUCCAUCCUCACCCUGGACUCUGUCAGCAGGGCUGCCACAGCUGGGCUAGAAAAAGGUGCCCCUAGCCCAUCUGCAACCAUAAAGAGACCACCAGGAGCUGUGGCCCUCCAUGCAAGCUCAAGGGGCAGGGGGAACGACACUUUGAAAAACUGAGCACCCUUAACAGAUGCCUGGACGUUUGCCUUUCGGCCUGGAAACAGACCACAGCGCUGAAAGUGAAAGGGUUCGUGUCCGUCCACUCCGGGGCGUGGUCUUCACCUGCCCAGAUCACACAAAAUUGAAGCUCAACACAGCCACCUUUACAGCUAAGGGUGUUUAUCCAUCGAGGUUUUUCCUCCGAUUUUCAGAAUGAGCCCCUCCCUCACGGUCACUCCUCCGAUUUUCAGAAUGAGCCCCUCCCUCACAGUCACUCUCAGGCGUGCAGAAGCUCAGUGUACUCUGAGCUCAGGCUCUGAACAGCAGCUCUGAAAGGCAUCUGUCCAUUUCCGCUAUGCCUCACUGCAAGCCCCACGUGUGCACGUCAGGUCCACAGCUCCCUGAGGGCCUGCGCAGUGAGAAUCACGUGACACGCCUCUUCACUGGGACGUUCAGGAGAAACCGCACUGACCUUCUAGGACAGUUUCAGAAGCAGCCAGCCUCUUGCUCUUGGCUCUGCACACAGACAGCUGGGGAGACAGCAUAUUGGUAAUGCAGAAGCCCUUCAUGCCUGAGACACCAAACAUCCCACGUUCAGUCCCCAGCACCACCAUAAGUUGGAGCUGAGCAAGACUCAGGUUUAAAAAAAAAAAAAAAAAAACUGAGAAAGCAAAACACCCCCACCCCUUGGGUGGCCAGAUAUAACCAGUCACCCACAAAUGCACAAAUCUGUCAUUUUAGACAUGCCAGAAUGUGAAAAGGACUGUGGGGCCUUGCCUGGAAGGCCCUGGCUAAGAAAAACUUUGCCCCAAGAGAUGAGUCUUUGAGAUGUCUUUGGGAUAAGGCAGCAGACUGGGCCUCUGGUUCAAGGUGAGGCUGCAGUCUGCAUUUCGAAGUAAAAGUGUUGCCUCCUCAAUAAGGUGGUCAGUGUGUAGUGUUAACUUGAUGGACAGGUCUGUAAGUGUUUUCUUAAAUGUCUUUUAAUUCUAUUCCAGUCUUACUAGGGAAGAAUAUUAAUAAAGUACUUGCUACGAAAAUA